AUGGAAGGCAUUGGACAGAGUUUUGCCUUACCCACUGCUGUUGAUGAUGACUUUUUGCCAGAAAAUUCGGCUAUCACCUAUUCCAUUGCUAUUAAAUCACCUGAAUCGGACUCCUUCCACGAGCCUGGGACGCUGCGGAAGGUUGAGCUUCCUAUAGAUACCAGCAGAUCAACACCGACGUGGGUAGCGAUUGGGCCAUUUCGACUGGUUUACCAAGCAAAGGACUCUUCUUUGGCUCUUGAAGUUGCCCGAGAGCUAGACAGAGAGGCCCAGGCAGAAUAUGAACUCAUCCUGUACGCUGCAGACAGUGGAGGGAAACAGAACACGAUCUGUUUGUACGUGCAUGUGUUGGAUGUCAAUGAAUUCUCGCCAACAUUUGUCUCCGUCACUCGAGUAGGGAACGUAGAAGUCUCCGAUAUGUUAGAUCAGGGAAAUGGCUGGCGAAUGAUUCAAAUCUAUGAAAAUAUAUCUGUUCCGUCGACACUAGUUCAGGUUGUGGCAGAGGAUAAAGACGCUCCACCCGCUAACAAGAUAAUCUACAAACUUGGUCCCGGUUUCCCCCCAAACGAAGUGCUUACCACCUUCUCACUGGAACCUCUCAGUGGACGACUGACUCUUGAGCGUAGCCUUGACUAUGAACGCACAAAACGGUAUAAGUUGGCAGUAUUGGCUAUUGAUGCGAACUGUGAUUCUACCCUAGAAUCGGAAAAUUUGACGAAACGGCUUCUUAAGAAAACCGUCCGAGCCAUAACAGAAAGUAUAAAAAAGGAACGUAAAACCGCAACCCUUACUCUAGACAUCCGCGUAAAAGACUGCAAUGACAAUGCUCCUGAAAUUAAACUUCAGGGUACAGUCGGCGAUGGUCAAACCCGCCCAAACGGCGACAUCGAGACAGUGGAAGUGCCGGAAAACUCACCACAGGGAAUGUCCCUGGUAUUUUUCAGCGCCACGGACAGAGAUCAGGAUGGUACAGGAUUAACAAUGUGUCACCUCCUAAACUGGACACUUAAAUUUCGAAUUCACAAGUUUGCCGACUUCUACAGUCUUGAAACAGCCGGCGAAUUGGACCGCGAGCAGAAAAGCGAGUAUAUCCUGACAAUUGAAUGCUCUGAUAGCGGCAACCCAUCGUUAGUGAGCCAGAAAUCGAUUAGAGUUGUAUUGUUGGAUGAGAACGACGAGGCUCCUCAGUUUACUCAACCUAUUUAUGCUUUUCAUGUAGCUGAAGGAAGUCCGCCUGGUACCCUCCUGCUCACGGUGGGCGAAAAUCAACCAAUGCCAGUGACCGCCUUCGACAGAGAUAUGAACAAUUCUCUAGUUUAUCAUAUCGAACCGAGCACCGCACCAUCCCCUAGAUUUGAACUGGACAAUUCAGAUAUGGGCGACCAAUCCAUCGACUACCAGUUGUUUGAUGUCGACGCAUCCAGUGGCCAGCUAAGCACCAAGAGUGUUCUGGAUCGUGAACAGCGAAAAAGUCACCAAUUCAGUCUCUGUGCUAGUGACGGCCAGCACAAAACAUGCGCUGAGGUUAUCGUCCAUUUAGACGACGCUAAUGACAACCCGCCCAUGUUUGAGCGCGAAACCUACAUUAUACGCCUGACUGAAAAUGAGCAAAUUUUCGACCCUCUCAUCAUCUUUAAUGUUACCGAUGUAGACAUCGGAAAUCAGGGCUUUACAUUUGCCAUCGAACCAUUCCAGACUUCCGGUGUCAGUUCAAGCGAAUCUGACAGUGCCGCCGCUGCCGCCUCCAUUUUCUCAUCAGAAGUCAGGACAUUGCACCGUCACUUCAGCAUUCGCGACAAUAAAUUGUUUCUUCGGCAGCCCCUAGAUCGGGAGAAACGGGCUCACUUUCAUUUCAUGGUUCGUGUUACCGACUCGCAAAAGGUGAUGUCAAAUGGUUUGGUUCACUCAAAAAACCUUUCCAGUACUGCAGAAAUCUUCGUGGAGGUAGCUGACACAAACGACAAUGCUCCUGUUUUCAUUUUCCCUAAUUCCAGUGCAAGUAGCGAGGGAGGAAAUCAGCUAAACGUUUCUUGUAGAGAGACCAUGGGCAGUUCGAUUGGCCACAUUGAGGCGACUGACGCGGACCUCGGUAAAAAUGGGACUAUCGUAUAUUCUGUCAUCCAGGGUCCCGUCUCCAAUGAACUCUUUUAUCUCGACAAGCAGUCUGGGGAGCUGUUUGUUAAUUCUGGCAGCCUGAUGGAUAACUGUGAUUCAGUUUUUCUCUUGGUGGUGUCAGCCGACGAUUUAGGUCCGCCACAGAGUAAAAAAGGUCGUCUGCUACCCGUGGAACGACUGCUUAUUCGUCUGCAAAACCAGCCGACCCUAGCAGAGUACAUGUCCUUGAGCUCCCGGCAACAAGUCAAUGAUCAAGAUGGGCUGGAUGGUACUCGAGGGGAUGGUGGCUACUUUGGCAUGCCAGCAAAGACUAUGCUCAGUGUUGUUCUUGGAGGGUGUAUCGUCUUCCUCACAGGUCUCUUCCUGGCCUGGCUAAUCCUCAUGAUCUACAACAGGUCAAAAAGGCGUCGCCGUGAGCGUCUUGACAUGGAAUUUCAGGCUCAGCGGUGUCUUGAUGCGGCAGCCUCACACUCCGAGUCCUUCCUACACCCUCUUGCAAAUUAUCCUCCUCAAGUAGGCCUGCAAACUCAAGGCCCCGUAUUGCAGUACGCCGUCAGUCUUAAGGACUACUCACCCAGCAGAAAAGGUAGUUUUCAGCAUAUUAUGAAGUCUGAGUAUUUGAGUACCAAUUUAUUUGGGUGUAUUGAAUUUACUUUCGUCCUAAAAAUUCACUUUCCCAUGUGGCAGCACUUAUUUGCGUUAGCUCACAAGUAACUGCCUUAUGUACCAGAAGAAGGUGGUGAAACUCAAAAUCUAGCUUACAAGGAAGGUUUCUGUGUGUACACUUUUUCAGAUAAUAACCGCGGUUUUCCUGACGUCCGAAAAUGCUUUUAAUAUCUCUUUUAUUAGUAAUAUUUCAAUUUGCUUGCUUUAGUUUUAAGGACUUUAGUACCUUCUUAGAUUAUCUGUUUCAGUACAACUUUCUCAAAAUUGGCUUCUUUAGCAUGAUAUCCAUGAUGCUUGUUGGCCAGUUGCUUUUUCGGUGUAAGAUUUGGUACGCUGUUUGUGAACAUCCACAAAGGCUAUGCUUUACGUUCUUUUUAAAAAUAGGUAAUUCGUUCAUUGGUAGCAAGAUUAUGCCUUUAAAACUUCCUACGAAAAUGGCUCGAUUUAGCAUAUGCUGUGAGAUGGAUAAGCAAGCUGGUCACACCAGGUCCCAGGCACGGAAUUACGCGGAUUCUCAUCAAUGUCAAUCGACCCAGCAGGAAGCGAGCUGCAUAGUUCUAGAUCUAAAUGGCGAAUACAUCCAGUGCACGGGAGGUUAGCUUGCAAGUCCCAACAAUAUUUCAACUUUGACGGAGGUGCCACCAAUGCCAGCCGUCAACGCCUUACCCGAAGCCGACGCACUCGUUUGCUGCGGAGACAUGUUCCGAUUUAUGAGGAUGGACUGUACUGUGACAAGCAAUGAUUUGACUCAAACGUAAGAGCUCUAAGGAAAAAAACAAUCCCUGAGAUGGACGCUUGACUUCGGUUUACUCAACUAAACCAUUCAAAGUCUCGUUUUGUUUGCAAACCGCUGUUUCUACAGAUAGGAGAGGAAUUAUAAGACGCGAAAGUACGUGGGAGCGUUGACAUUUAGAGCACACUCUACAGUCAUACUCCAGGAAAGCUCUGUUUAUUUGAUCCUCGAAUUUCCACAUAUUGAUAGAAUAACAAUAUAUUUUGAAAGAGUAACAUUACCAACAAAUACAAGAGAGACUGGGGUGGCUAGUUCUGGCUUAUUCGCAGGGAUGACUGAGUUCCGUAACACGUUCGAUGAGCGCCUCUCUACCACUUUAUAUUGAAAAAUGUCUGACAAUAUAAUAGCUUUUGCUGACCGUUAAAAACAGUGCAACCUUGAAGGCAGACAUCCCUAACCAGUCCACAAGAACGCCGGGCUAGGCGUCCAUCCUGCCCUCUCGCAUAGUGUAUGAAGGAGUUUAUGAAAUAAAUAAAGUAGCAGAAUAACGCAUAGUUUCAUAAACGGAUAUAAACAAAUGGGUUUUUGAUUGCCAUUCAAAUGCAGAAGGGAGGUCGAUCCUGGAAACUAUUCUGAAUAUUUAGGUUACUUCUUCCUCAUGCGCUUAAUUCUUAUCUAAUGUAUGUCGGCCCAGCUUGUGACAUAAAUGUAUGUUUUUGAAGUCGUCAUAAUAAGUGCCUGGUCCCGGACGUAUAUUCACUCGGCAUGAAGAGGGGAAAACGCUUAAAGUUUAAGGAACCUAGGACCAGCGUAUGAAAAUGAGCGUUUGUGGAUUACUGAUAACUUAAAAGUUGAAUAGUCGCAGACUUAACCGUCGAAUCAUCGAGAAAGUUUAUGAAGUAUUCAACGUUCCAACGGUCAAAAGACAAUUUUUCCCCACAGUCCCAAGUAAUCAUUUUAAGGAUUUCACGCAGAAAACAUUAUUAGCGAGCGGGGAUCAUUUAGACGUGUUACCACUGGCAAGUAAUGUUAAAAUGUUCUGCGAUGUGGAAAUUACAUAGUGAAGUUUGCUAUUAGCGCUAUUCACUCUUUUUCUUAACUGACAGUCGUUUUUAAACCAGCAUGCACUUCUUGAUCUUGAUAAAAUUUAUACAAACAACAUUUAUUACUAGUUAACUCGUAUGUCACUGGUGUAGUUUUGAGUUGGUGCAACAGUCGUUAAUCAAACGUUAUUAAAAAUUUGUUCCGACAAUCCACGUUUUGACUAAUUUCCGCCUGUCUCAUGUGAGAAAUGAACCAAUGCAAUAUUCAAAAUACGUAAAACAAUAUGAAUUGUUAGCGUUAUAAGCAAGAAACUAUUUCACAUUUCUAAGGCUUUUUACUUCUCAAUGGUUUCGGUCUUUUGUAUAAAUAGAAACGAACGCAUUUUCAGGUUACCCUAAGUUGUAAAGGAAUCUAACUAAAAGUAGUUUACGUAUGUUUGAGGCUUAAGACAACUAACAAUGUCUGGCCGGUUAGUCGUGGAUGAAUUAUACUCGAGGGCCGAUAGACUGCAUCAAGCACGAGCAUUAGUACAGUGCAACCUUGUUAGAAUAUACCGAGCAGAAUGCAUAGUGUACGGCCAAGAGCGGCUGUUCGCGCUGUUCAGGAAAUGGCAUAACGCCCUCUGAUGGCCGUAGUUCUUCAUAAUAUGAAUCGUCAUGUACUGUUAACCAGCAAAGAAUUUCUAAGAUUAUGUCGUAAAGGAUUAUCCGGAGAACAAUUCAAAUAAGGUGAUGCAUUGAGCUAUAUGACUUUGCGGUAUUGCAGAAACGUUUCCCCGGUAAAUAUUUUUAAGCGAUUACGCCUUUUGUAGAUACUUCCAAGUACGGGCGUCAGUAUUCACGGAAAGAUUAGUCUGGCAUGCAUGGGGGAGCUAAAUAUUAAUUUUCACUUUUAUUUAGUAUAUUGUCUGCCUCGGUCUUGGCUAAUAGCUUAGGCCAUCCUCCAUGGGCCAAAACUGGUGUAGGGAGAGCCACCAUUUGAAUACCCGAAAAUAAUGCGGUAUAAUUCAGGCCAUUCACAAGACUUCCUAGACUGCAGCUGGUGUCUCAGCGGUUGAAUUGCUUUUCUCUAUAAAUUAAACACAAAAUGACUUUGGGUUACGAAUCUAUUAGCAGCUUCCAAUUUCAUUGACAUCCAUGUAAGUGUAAUUUCAUUCUCCAUCAGAGGAUAAAAACAUUUGCCAGAAUAGUUUGUCCUUUCAGACUUCUGACGACGACAAAAAAUCUAGAAAACAUUUUAGAUUCCAUGCAUUCUCUACGUAGCACGGUUUCGUCUAUGCUUACUUUAGUUCAGAUAUCAUUUAGCUGUCAUCUAUAUCUACUAAGUAAGCACAUCAAAAGUUGCCGAUACAAGAGAAGGUGCCAGUUACAGGAAAUAAUUGAUCAGAAGAAGAAGAAAAAGAAGAGGAAGAAAAAGAAGAAGAAGAAGAAGAAGAAGAAGAAGAAGCGAUCGCAGGAACAAGGGCUUUAUUCUCCUGACAUUUAAAAUUCUCAAUUAAACCCAUCAUCAGAGACAGUCGCACUGUCAGUGUCUCUGAUGAUAGGUUCACAUGAGAGUCCGAAACGUCAGGCGAAUAAAGCUCUUGUACCAGCAGUCGCCCCUUUGUCUUAAUAGUAUUAAUUGCAUUAAAAUCAGAGAUUCACGCAUAAUGCUAAGCAUCCUGAGCAGUGAUUUUCUUUGUCUACUAAUUUUAGAUCACUUUCUAAAGAACAACUGAAGAAAAUUUACACUUUUUCGAGUUCUUAAAUUUGCCCAAAAAAUUAUCGUCGAUAUUUCAAACAGUUGAGCUUAUACGGCAUUCCCGUUUAGGAGAUUGAAUAUCAUUAAAGGAUCUACUGUAAAAAUAAAAUCAGUCUGUCUUAUUUUCAUUUGUUUCGUCCUGAAACAAAUUCUUUAGUUGUAAUCAAACUUUGGCCGAUGACUCUGUAACACGACUGCAGUUUACGAAAAACGAUGAGACACCCGAGAUGAGCGAUGAUAAAAGCAAAAAUCAUUUACUUUUUUCAUCUUUCAGUUGGGGAUUCGUCCUUCGUUAUACGGAUCCUUCUAAAGGAGCGCAAUAUAUAUGACCUACAAAGCUAA